AUAUUAUUAAUGAAUAUUUUUUUUUUUUUUUUUUUUAGGUUAGGAUUUAUAAUUUUAUCUAUAAUUUUGAUACUAAUGAAAUUAAGAUUAUUAAUAGAAUGGGUUUUUAUAAGAAUAAAUUCAAUAAAUAUAGAAUUUAUUUUUUAUGUAGAUUGAGUAUCUAUAAUAUUUUUUAGGUUAGUUUUAAUAAUUUCUAGAUUUGUAAUAUUAUAUAGAUUAAGAUAUAUAGAGGGGGAUAUAAAUAUUAAUCGAUUUUUUUUAUUAGUAAUUAUAUUUGUUUUAAGAAUAUUAAUAUUAAUUAUUUGUCCUAAUAUUAUGGGAUUGUUAUUAGGAUGGGAUGGGUUAGGUUUAAUUUCUUAUUGCUUAGUGAUUUAUUAUCAUAAUUGAAAGUCCUUUACUUCUGGAAUAAUUACAGUUUUAUUAAAUCGUAUUGGUGAUGUAGGUAUUUUAAUGAUAAUUAGGUUAAUAGUUAUGUUAGGGUCAUGAAAUGGGAUAUUUUAUAGAUUUGAUUAUUUUUAUUUUUCUUUAUUAAUAAUAUUGAGAGCAUUUACAAAAAGAGCUCAGUUACCAUUUUCUUCUUGAUUACCUUUAGCGAUAGCUGCUCCUACCCCUGUUUCUUCUUUGGUUCAUUCUUCAACUUUAGUAACAGCUGGAGUUUAUUUAUUAAUACGAUAUAAUAGGUAUUUGAUAAGAAAUCAUUUAAUAAGUUUAAUAUUAUUUAUUUCUAGGUCUACAAUAAUAAUAUCUGGAUUAAUAGCUAAUUUUGAAAAUGAUUUAAAGAAGAUUAUUGCAUUAUCUACAUUAAGACAAUUAGGGUUAAUAAUGAGAAUUUUGAGGUUAGGAGAAGUAGAUUUGGGGUUUAUACAUUUAUUAAUUCAUGCUUUAUUUAAAUCUUUAUUAUUUAUAUGUAGAGGGGUAUUAAUUCAUCAAAUAAAUAAUAAUCAGGAUAUUCGAUUUAUAGGGAGAUUAGUUAGAUAUUAUCCUUUUGUUAGGCUUGUAUUUUUUGUAUCGUUAUUAUCAUUAUGUGGGUUUCCUUUUUUUUCUGGGUAUUAUUCUAAGGAUUUAAUUAUAGAAGUUUUUUUAAUAAGAAAGAUAAAUAUAGUAAGAAUAUUAAUAUUAUUAGUUUCUACAAUAUUUACGGUUUCUUAUAGUAUUCGUUUAAUUAUUAUAGUAUAUUUAAGUUAUAUAAAUAAAAUAAAUUAUUUUAUUUUAUUAGGAGAAAGGGCAAUAAUAAGAGUAUCAUUAAUUAUUUUAUAUUUUUAUUCUUUGAUAAUUGGAUAUUUUUAUAUAAAUUUAAUAAAUUUUACUUUAAUUAUUUUAAAUUUAUUUGAAAAAUUAAUAGUUAUACAGAUUUGUUUAGUGGGAUGUAUUUUAGGUUGAUUUAUAAGAUUUUUUAAUAUGUUAAAUUUGAGAAAUUAUAGAAAAAUAUAUUUUUCUAGAAUAUGGGGGUUAAAUUUAAUUUAUAUAAAAAUUAGAUAUUAUCCUUUAAAAUUUUCUAUGUUAAUAUAUAAGAGAUUUGAUAAAGGUGUUUUAGAAUAUUUAUUUAUUUAUGGAGUAAAAAAAAGAUUUAUUGUAAACUUAUUAGAUUUAUUAAUAUUGGAUAAAUUUAUGUACAUGAAUUUAUUUAUGUUUAUAUGAAUAUUAGUUUUUAUAAUAAUAUUAAUUUAUGGAAAUUAA